AUGGUAGGAAAAAGAUCAAUUGAUAUCCAAACUCCGAAGAAGAUACGAAAACCCAAGCCAUGGAAGCAUACAGAAGCAAUAACUCGAGCACAACUAACCCAAAUGCGUGAAGAGUUUUGGGACACUGCCCCACAUUAUGGCGGUAGGAAAGAAAUCUGGGAUGCUCUUCGAGCAGCAGUGGAGGCAGAUUUGAGUCUUGCGCAGGCAAUCGUGGACAGUGCUGGUGUUAUCGUUCAAAAUCCCGAUUUGACCAUCUCUUAUGAUGAGAGAGGGGCCAAGUAUGAGUUGCCGAAAUAUGUUCUGAGCGAGCCCACAAAUCUGAUCCGUGACAGUUGAGAAGAAGGGAGAGUAGAAAAUAAGGGAACUUGGUACAUUGUGUAAAUUGGUCUCGUUUAUGAUUUUUGUUUCUUAAUUCGUCUGAUUUGUGCCCAACUCUAUAAAACUGUAGCAUACUAGCAUGAAGCUCGUCACGCAUAAUACUAUCGUUUGAUGUUUGACAGGAACCAACUUAAUGUGCAUUUGUUG